ACUGUAGACACACAUCCUGCGUGCAGACAACUCGCAGCGGCUCCUCACACGGGAAUACAAGACAACCCUCAAGCAAGUGAAUACUGAAAGAAGACAAGCAGAGGUUGUGUCAGGACCAGCUCCCCUCACAUAUAAAAACCACAUUACUGGGUUCAAUCCUCUGAGUGUCAACAAUGGCCUUCAUCACUCUCCUCUCCCUCCUGCUGCUCUCCCGGCUCGGAAGCUCGGUGUCUCUCUUCCUGCCCGAUUCCCAGGAGCUCAGGCAGCUGUUGAGUCGCUACGAGGACGAAGGCGCGGGUCACAACAACACCGGCCAAGAUGGAAGCGGCGGCAGGAGCAGACGUGCCAUCCGCUGGUCAGACCGGGAGGAGAUCCUCCAGCUGCACAACAAGCUGAGGGGCUCGGUGUACCCCAGUGCGGCCGACAUGGAGUACAUGGUGUGGGAUGACGAGCUGGAGAGGUCUGCCACUCACUGGGCCGAGGUGUGCCAGUGGGAUCACGGACCUCAGGACCUGCUCAUGUCCAUCGGGCAGAACCUGGCAGUUCACUGGGGCAGAUACCGUUCGCCCGCCUUCCACGUUCAGUCCUGGUACGACGAGGUGAAAGACUACAGCUAUCCCUACCCUCACGAGUGCAACCCCUGGUGUCCCGAGCGCUGCUCCGGGCCCAUGUGCACCCACUACACCCAGGUGGUUUGGGCCGCCACGAGCAGAGUUGGCUGCGCAGUGCAUGUGUGUCCGAGGAUGAACGUGUGGGGUGAAGCAUGGGAGAACGCCGUCUACCUCGUGUGCAACUACUCCCCAAAGGGCAACUGGAUCGGGGAGGCUCCGUACAAAAAUGGUCGCCCUUGUUCCCAGUGCCCUCCCAGCUAUGGCGGAGGAUGCAGAAAUAAUUUGUGCUACAAAGACUCCCAGCGCGCCGAAACGGAGGAUAUGAAUGAGGUGGAGAAGCCUCAGGUACCCGUCGUGCCGCGAACGACUGCUAAACCCGCACCCAAACCCUCCCCUCCGAGGAGACCAGUGUCCAGGCCGUCCACGCCAAGCAGCCCAUCCUCAAGGAAUCCUAGCAACAUCUACCUAGCUCAGAGCAUCAAGUGUGAGACCAGACUGCGUGACAAGUGCAGAGGAGUAACCUGCAACAGAUAUAAGUGUCCCUCGAACUGCAUGAAUAGGAAAGGAAAGGUUUGGGGAACACUCUACUAUGACGUGCAAUCGAGUAUUUGCCGUGCUGCCAUUCACUUUGGUGCAAUCGACAACAAUGGAGGACUUGUAGACAUCACACGGAUGGAAGCAAAGGUUCCCUUCUUUGUCAAAGCCACGAAAAAUUCAAUUGAGUCUUUCAGUAAAUAUAAGCCAGGAAAUUCCUUUAUGAUGGCCAAAGUACAAGAAUCCAAUAUUGACUGCUACACUACUGUGGCUGAAGUCUGCCCAUUCAAAAAGCCCCUCUCACAUUGUCCAAGAGUCUUCUGUCCUUCUGACUGCAAGAGUCAACCCUCUUAUUGGUCACCUGUGAUUGGCAACAGCAUCUACACAGAUAACUCCAGUAUUUGUAAGGCGGCCAUCCAUGCAGGGGUGAUCCCACCAGACGGGGGCUUUGUGGACGUCCUGCCUCUGGACAAGAGAAAGAAUUAUGUUGGUGUGCUGAAAAAUGGAAUCCAGUCUGAAAGCAAGAGCAACACAGAGGGAGGCUCCUUCCGCGUCUUUACCGUGAGGGAGUGAGGCGUCUGGCAACGUAUCCCGAAGUCACCUCAGCUGCUCUUGAGGAGCAGGAAGUGCUGACAGGUUUGACACCACGACCAUUCACGUCCCUUCGGCGGAAGCGGAGUGUCCCCACACAGUCAUGGACUCUUUCCCCCUUUAAGUAAAUCAAGGAAAUCGUCACUUUUCCCCACUUAGAGAAAUCUUUCAGAAAGGCUUCACGUGUGAGUGUUGUAAAUUAUGAUGCAUUGACCAGCUGGUGCUGGGUCUAUGGAAGUGUUUAUGUUUACAUUGGUGUUAUUAUUAAUAUUUUUUUCAUACACAGGAAUGUAUACUGAUCACACUUUAUUUAAUCAGCGUGUACAUAAUAUAUUUCAAAGAAGUACCAUAUUAACAUUUUUUAAAUUUUUUGUCGUCUCCUUUUGCUAUACUUCCCCACUCCUGCUCAUAGCUUGUUGCUGUUGGGCCUGAAGAAUGUUGGCAAUAUUCGUGGUUACAUUUCAUGGCAAUGGGUCUGCAUUUACUUCUUUCUUUCUUUCCAAUGAAAAUAAUGUUUGCCUCCCCUACCCCACCCAAGACAGAUGAAUGUGCCACAUUUCAUUUACAGAAGCAUUUUAUAUGUUGACGUGGGCCAUAAUUGGAAGUGUGGAAAGUUUAAUGUUCAUAAUCAAAAUCAAAGUCAUCGGUUUAGACACUUUGGUAAUAUUCUACACUUCACUGCAUUUCAUGUGAGAAAUGUGUCCAAAUGGACAGAAAUAUGACAAAACCGCAAACCAGGCUAAUGGGCCUUUUAAGACGAGUAAAUAUUGUUCAAUAAUAUUAAUGUACGGCCACUAAGAAAAUCUCUUCAGUGUAUUUCUUUAUUCUACCUCAAUCCUAUCGCUAUCCUUGCCUGUCCAGUCUUAAACAUACCGCAAUUGUAAUGGGAAGUAUAUGAUUGGUUUUGUAAAGUUAUGGGAAUUGUAAAUAAUGGUAUUAUUAUUGUCUUUUUUUUUCGCAGCAGUAAAGUCAUGAAAAGAAUGUGUGACUAUGUUUCAAUACUCUCGGUUGACUUGUUUUUAUACAGGCAUGUAUACUGUAAAUGGUUUUUAUAUUUUUUUGCACAAUUUGAAAAUAAAAUGGAAUUUGAAACUGCA